ACUGCCAAGGCUCAGAAUCUCGCUCGGUGGAUUGAUCCAAUACCUCGAAUGACUCGACCGAUACAUGCGUCCUAACAGCGGAAAGGUCACCAGUACCUUGCACUUACCGAGAUCCUUCGUUGGGAAGGGUCUCUGCGUACUAGCUUGACUAUGGCGUUGCGCCUCGUAACCUCUUUUUCUUGUUGAUUUAGGAAUCUACCGAUAGUUUAGACCACUUAGGUUAACCAAUUUGGAUGUGAUCGGCUCUUCUGUGAGCACGAUGGCUGUCGAGGAUAAGUCUCAACCGGGCAAGGGGUCGACAAGCUGGUUUACUUUGGGGUUGAUAGCGUCAUGGUACAUAUGCAAUAUCGGCGUUCUGCUGCUCAACAAGUACCUACUCAGCAAUUAUGGCUACAAGUACCCUAUCUUCUUGACAAUGUGUCACAUGGCCGCGUGCUCUCUCUUCAGCUACGUAGCGAUUGCGUGGAUGAAGGUUGUACCAUUGCAGGCAAUCAGGUCAAGGUCACAAUUUCUGAAAAUUGCUGCGUUGAGUGCAAUAUUUUGCUUCUCGGUGGUCAGUGGCAACAUCUCGUUAAGAUACCUUCCAGUGUCCUUCAACCAAGCUAUUGGGGCUACUACUCCAUUUUUCACUGCAUUCUUUGCAUACAUUAUGACCUUCAAACGGGAAGCCUGGGUUACGUAUGCUGCCUUGAUCCCAGUGGUCAUGGGAGUUGUCAUUGCCAGUGGGAGCGAGCCCAGCUUUCACCUCUUUGGGUUCAUCAUCUGCAUUGCAGCUACGGCUGCUAGGGCCUUGAAGACAGUGGUGCAGGGCUUGCUCUUGCAGUCUGAUGGGGAGAAGCUGAACUCCAUGAACCUUCUGCUCUACAUGGCUCCGAUAGCUGUGGUGCUGCUGGUGCCUGCCACUCUAAUCAUGGAGGACAAUGUGCUGGGAAUAACAAUCCAACAGGCAAAAAAGGAUUGGGGAAUCCUUCCUUUGCUGGCUGUCAACUCAGCAACAGCCUACUUCGUGAAUCUCACCAAUUUCCUGGUCACCAAGUACACAAGUCCUCUGACUCUCCAGGUUCUUGGCAAUGCCAAAGGUGCUGUUGCUGUGGUUGUGUCCAUCCUCCUCUUCCGGAAUCCUGUGACCGUGGUGGGUAUGAUUGGCUACAGCAUCACGGUCAUUGGUGUUGUGCUGUACAGUGAAGCAAAAAAGCGCAGUAGCAAGCAGAGCGAAACAUGAGUGUUUCGGGGCCAAUUAGUCAGAUUACAUGGGGUAGUAGUACCAUAGUAUGCUCUAGAUACUGUCUUGUCUGAAGGGUACACUGCAUACUGGAGUUGUAAAGGCUCCAAUCAAUCCAGUCAAAGCUU